AUGGAUCGUUGCAAACUUGGUACCACUGAAACCAAAAAUGUAAAUGAUUUAAAUCAUGUAAACGAUAUAAUAUUGAAAUCAGGUAUUGAACUUACCCGAAGUGCAGUGAUAUCUGAUGAAUUUAAAAAAGGAAACACAACAAUUCCACCAACAAUUAAUAAUGAAAAUAAUUUUACCAUAUUUGAAACAACCACAACUGUUUAUGGUGUAUUACUGGCAGCAAUAACAAUAGAAACAACAACAACAACAAUAGUACCGACAACAACAACAACUACUACUAUAUUAACAAGUACUGCAAAUGCUAAAACAAUUACUGAAACAGUUAUUGAAGAAAAUGAUUCUAUUAAUUCUGCUGAUGAUGCUAUGUCUAUUACAACAACAACAACAACAAUAACAACAACAACAACAACAGCAACAACAACAAUAGCUACUACUUCUGCUACUAAUAUUAUUUCAAUUAAAGAUAUUCAUUUACCGAGUAGAACAAUUUUACAAUCAUUUGAAGAUGAAACAUUGUUAUGGUGGAUUAAUUUGAAAAAGAUACUUGAGAAAAAAAUACCAACUUUUCAUGAUAUAACGGAAGCAUUUGAUAAUAAAAGUAAUAUAAGCAUAAGUAAUCCACAAAAAUCAAUCAAUGAUGAUAAUAAUGAAAGUAAAUUACGUUACCUGGAAGAGAUAGUACGUGAAUUACGAGAAAAUCCCAAUAAAUAUAAAGUAUCAGUGGAACGUGUCGAUGAUCGACAAAGUUGGAUCGUUAUUCGUAUUGGUAAUUAUCAUAAGCGUGAAAAUUUGCAUGAAACAAUAUUUACGGAUAUUCCCGGAAUGCUACAUCAAUUUCCAACAAGACGUGAUUCACCGGAAGAGUUAAAAGCAAAUUAUCAUAUACUACGGAUUAAAUUACCAUAUGAAUUUCUCAACAAUAAUAGUAAUACAUUAAAAGGAAGCGAAAUUCAACAAAAUGAAGCACGUACAAAUCCAGAAAGUAUUUCCGGUUUUGACAGGCAACGAUUGAAUAAACAAAAGGAGGAUGGAAUAUUUGAAAAGGUUCCAGCACAAUUUAUUGAUAAACAACAUGGCUAUCUGUAUCAUGUUCAAAUUCAUGGUAUUAAUCAAAAUUUGUCAUCUGUCAACGAUCAUGAAAUGCGACAAAAGAAAAUUAAAAGCAGUAAGAUAGCAACAACAGAUGACAAUAUUAAUGGAAGAAAAACUUCACUGAUUAUUAAUUCAACCUGUUUUGGUAUGAUUGAUCGUCAACUGUUAUAUAAUGCUUCCUAUAAAGAAAUUGAUAAUAUUUCAUUGGAACAGUGCAGAUGUGCUUGUGCUAAGACAUGGAAUAAUGAUGAUAAAAAUGAUUGUAUGAUAAAGUGUAAAAGUUUUCAAUACAGUAAUGUUACACGGAAAUGUUUGUUAAACGAGGAUGAUCAUCAUGGAAAUUAUGAUUUGAUAUAUAAUUGGGAUAAUAAUUAUUUUUAUCGAAUAUGUACUACUGAAGAUAUUAUCAGUAAUGCAAAUCGGAACUGUCAUACAGAAAGAAACACAAAUUUUGUGCAAUUUGCAUUAGAAGGAACAAGUGCUAAUGAGGAUGUGAUGAUAAGUAGUAGUAGUGGUAGUAGUGCUGAUGAAAAUAAAACAAAUCAUUCAAACAGGAAACGAUCAACGAUUGAUCAUCGAUCAGUGUUCUCUUCAUCAGCUUUUCGUACAAAAUCUGUUUAUUGGUGGAAAGAGCAUGGAAAGGAAGAAGUAAGCAACAAAACAAUUAGUGAAGAAGUGAUAUUAUCACCUGAUUUAUGGAGUAAAAUAAUGAAAACAAAAAGUGUUGCGAAAAAUUUUAAAAGUUUGGUACUUGAAAUAUUGGAGAAACAAUCGGAAGAAAUUAGUGCUGAAAAGAGUGAAUAUGAUUAUAAAAUUAAAAUUCAACAUGGUACUACUACUGCUAGUACCACUACUACUACUACUGAUACUGUUACUACCAAUAUUAUAUCACAUGGUAGUCGAGGGAUCCGAUCUACAAGUGAUACAGAUUUGGAAAUAAUUGAGAAACCGUUUGCUACAACAAAAAUUUUCACGGAUUAUACUAAAAUGAUAAUAACUAAUCUGUCAUCAUCAUCAUCAUCAUCAACAACUUCUGAAGAAAUUGUUAAGUCAUUAACAAAUGAAUCUGAAUUGAAAGUUAUUGGAACGAUUGAACAUGAAAUUAGGACGGAUAAUGGCAACAAUAAAAAAUUCCGAGGAUCAAUUAAUGAAUUAAAUUCGAGUAUCGAGAAAUUAGCGACAACUGCUAUUAUUGGCCAACAAGCAACAACAGACAAAGAUUUAGAAGAUGAAAGAUUCGAUGGUACUUCUGAUGAUAAUUUAAAUGAAAAUGAAAUCACAACAGUAGCAGCUAUGGUAACGGAAGGAUCUGGUGAAAUGAUAACCAAUAAAAAACUUGAUAUUCCGGAAAAAAAUUCCAGAGAAGAUGCCAACAAAAUUGAACAAAAUUUGGCAUCGAAACCAGUCGGUGACUGCUUUGAAGUUAUUGAUGGAUUUAUUCUGAAAGGUACUGCGGGCGGACUUGAACAAGAUGUGACACUGGAGGAAUGUCAAUGUUAUUGCGCUAAUAGCAGAAGCGAUGAACGCUACUCUUUUCAAUGUGUUUCGGCAACUUAUUAUCACAACGAACGUGAUUGCAUUUUGAAUUUACAAACAAGAAAUGAUUCUCCAGACCAAUUUCAACUGCAGGACAAUGUCAGUUAUCUGGGAAUGAUUUGUUCAGUAGAAGAAUCAAAGGAACGAUUAGUGAAUAAUAAUUUUGUUCAUGGUUGUAGACAAACUGCUAGCAUUUCAACUUCAACAACAAUACCAGAAAAAAUUUUCAUGCCAGUAAAUACGGAUAGUUGCUUUGUUGAAAUGCCAAAUCAUGUACUACAUGGUACAGCAUUUGCUGCAGAAACUAAUGUAUCUGUGGAUGCAUGUAAGUGUUACUGUAUGAAUGCUGAAAAUCGAUACGGUAUCGAAUGUAACAGUAUCGAGUACUACUUUGAUUCCAGGACAUGCUUACUAAGUAAUUUGAGCAGGAUAACAGAUCCAAAAAAUUUUAAUCAUUCUAUUGUUUACACACUAAUGCAUAGCUAUUUCGAUAAAAGUUGUUUAACUGGAAGUGAUAAAUUUCCAAUUUACAUGAAAGAAAACUGUUUAUCUACAAUGAAUUUGGUAUUAAAGGAUGAAAAUUUAUCACUAAAUUUUCGAGCUGAAAAUGACAACAAUAGAAAUAUUACUUUACACAACGAAGAGACGAAAAAUAUUUAUGAUAGCAGUGACAAUAUUGAUUUGAGCAGUAGUAGUAUGAUUUCCUCAACAAAUCCUUCUCAUUCUAUUCAAUAUACUACUCCUCAAUCAACUUAUUAUGACCCUUCAGAAGAUGUUGGAGAAGGAAAAAAAACGAAGGAAAAUGAGUCGCAAAAUCAUGAUCUGACGACAACUUAUGUGAAAACCACAAUGUCAACAAAUGAUUUUACAACUGUUUCGGAUUCAUUUACAGAGCAUAGCGAUACGACUGCUACGAUUUUUACUACAACACAAACUGAAAUGGAUUAUACUAUUUCUAAUGAAACAUUAGAAACUACGUCACCUGUGGAAAUUAUCAAAUAUUCUCAUCAUGGCAAAUGUAUCUAUUCUGCCAUCUAUCAAACAUCUUUUCACGGUGCUAAAUUAAUCAAAAGAUUUCUAGUUUCCAGUCCACAACAAUGCUUUUAUGGAUGUCAUUUUGAGGGUUGUCGAUCAUCAAAUCUUCUUCAGGUUGAUAAUCAAACAUAUUCUUGUGAAUUAUUCAGUGAUGCUUUAAUUGAUUAUCGUACGGCCGAUGUAUUGGUGUAUGAUAGUGGUAGCGUAUAUUUCGAUGGUAUUAAAUGCACCAUGAAACGUCCAAAAGUAGUUAAAAGUAGUGAUAGUGAAAGUAAUCGUAGUAGUGCUGAUAAUGAAGAUUAUGGUGAUAAUAAUUGA